AUGUCUGAUAUGAGUGCUACCGUCGAGCCCACCGCCAAGGGCUUCGCUGUCUGUGGCUACGAGAAGAUCGAGUAUGACUUUGAGUUUCUCGAUGGUGUUUUCAACACUGCCAAUCCUCAGCUCUACCAGCUGUACUCCCCCUGGGGACGAUGUCUGGCUGUGAUGGACCUCAACAUCUUUAACCUUUAUGGUAACGAGAUGCAGAGGUACUUUGAUCAUUAUGGCAUUCCUCUUACCAUUCACAAGACUAUGAUUGGCGAGAAGGCAAAGAGCAUGGAUACGCUGUUGUCGAUUGUUGAUUCUAUGACCGAUUUCGGCAUUUACCGAAAGGAGCCUGUUCUUGUUGUUGGUGGCGGUCUCGUCACUGACGUUGCUGGCUUCGCUUGUGCUGCAUAUCGCCGUAACACCAACUACAUCCGCAUCCCAACCACAGUCAUUGGACUCAUCGAUGCCUCAGUCUCCAUCAAAGUCGCCGUGAACUACGGCCGCUACAAGAACCGUCUUGGAGCUUACCACGCCCCAUCUCACACAUUCCUUGACUUCACUUUCCUCCGCAGUCUCCCCGUAGCACAGAUCCGCAACGGUUUUGCGGAGCUGAUCAAGAUCUCCACUUGUGCUCAUAAGGAUACUUAUGAUCUUCUUGAGAAGUACUGCGAGCAGCUUAUCAACACUGGCUUUGGGCGAUCUGAUGAUGCUUCUCCUGAGAUUAAGGAGGUUGCUGAUAAGAUCUGCCGUGCGGGUAUCCAUGAGAUGCUGAAGCUUGAGACACCGAACUUGCAUGAGAUUAUGCUUGAUCGUGUUAUUGCUUACGGCCAUACUUGGUCUCCUCUUCACGAGCUUGUCCCUGAGACGCCUCUUCGUCAUGGUCAUGCUAUCUCCAUUGACAUGGCAUACUCUGCUACCCUCGCUCACAUCCGUGGUCUCCUCUCAUCAGAGGAACAUACCCGUCUCUUGAACCUCUUCUCCCGAGCUGGUCUCUCCAUGGACCAUCCUCAGUUCGAUGCUUCUCUUCUCGAGAAGGCCACAGCUGCUAUUCUCAAGACCCGUGACGGCAAGCUUCGCGCUGCUGUUCCCAUCAACCCAAUGGGCGAUUGUGUCUUCUUGAACGACGUCAGCCACGACGAGAUGGUCGCUGCUCUUGAGGAGCACAAGAAGAUCAUGAAGUCUUACCCUCGUCAGGGCGCUGGUCUCGAAGCCUUCGUUGACGCUAGCGACACUGGUUACACCAUGAACGGUGCCCCAGUUGAGAAUGGCAAUGCUCAGAACAUUCCCCUCAACGGCGUCGAGAACGCUAAGCUUCAUGUCUCUGGUCCCGAGGGUGUUGAUGGCCUUCAGCAAGACUCUAGUAGUGACGAUGACUAUGUCGUCAGCUCUUCCAAGACCAAGGGCCACCAGGACAAGGGGAUCCUCAGUGACCUGAAGGAGAAGGCGAAUGGUAUUCAGAACCAGAUCGCCAAGGCUGUCACUGUUGAGAGUCAAUGA